AUGGUAAGCUCGGGAAAGGAGGGGGAUCGCGAGGUUGUUCCCGUCCCAGUCCCCCCGGCGAACGACGAGCACGGCAAGCUCCCUCCGGCGGAUUCUCCGGCGGAAGGUGGCGCGGAGGAGGAAGAUCCCAGCGACGAUGGCUUGAAGGUCGCCGGAGAGGUGUCGUGGGGGAGCGACGAGAUCUCCAGGGAAGAGGAUUCCGACGGCGGUACGCCGGCGUCGUGGAGUGGAGAGUCUGAUAGCUCCGGCGUGGAGAGCAUGAUUCACCCCGAGGAGAAGCUCCUCUGUCCUCCGGCGCACCUUCCCCAGCCGGAGAAGCCCCUGGGGAUCAGUACAAUCAUGUCCAGGAGUGGGGAGCUCUUCCGCCCCAUGGAGCGGUCUCUCUCCGAUGGCUCCGGCGGCGGAUCCGCCAUCGGGAAGUACCUCAGAAACAGGGGAAGCGUUCUCUCGGCAGCGCUCGCGAAGAGCAUCUCUUCUCUCAAGGAAUCCGACUCCGUCUCCGAGUUCCACCUCUCCGGUCUCAAGGUGACCGUCCGUCCCAAAGAAACGGAGGAGGACGCGCGGGACCCGAAGAUCGUCGGUCGGAUCAGCUUCUUCUCCCGAUCCAACUGCCGUGACUGCACGGCCGUCCGCUCCUUCUUCCGGGAGAAGGCGCUCCCCUUCGUGGAGAUCAACAUCGACGUGUUUCCGGCGAGGAAGAAGGAGCUGAUCGAGCGCACGGGGAGCGCCUCCGUGCCGCAGAUCUUCUUCAACGAGAAGCUCGUCGGAGGCCUGGUGGCUCUCAACUCUCUCCGCAACAGCGGAGAGUUCGACCGGAGGCUCAGGGACAUGGCCGGUUGGAAGUGCCCCGAGACCGCCCCUCGUGUGCCGCUCUACGGCUUCGACGACGCCGACGAAGAAGAAGAAGAGAAGGAUCGCCAAGACGCCAUGAUCGGCAUCGUUAAGGUCCUCCGCCACCGGCUUCCGAUCCAGGAUCGCUUGAGCAAGAUGAAGCUCGUCAAGAAUUGCUUCUCCGGCGGCGAUCUGGUGGAGACCGUCAUCAAUCACCUCGACUGCGGCCGGAAAAGGGUACGCCCCAGACGAACCCCACCACCAUCCCCCCCACCCCCUUACUUCUCUCUCUAAAUCUUCACCGCACGAUUCAAUCUCUCCCCUCCAAAGGGGAAAAUCCCAGCCCUUAAUCAACUUCCCGUAUUUUCCUUCUCUCGAUCCGAUCAUUCCUUAAUCGUGGAACGCAUGAUCCGGCGGUUUCCCCGUUCUUCCCACGAAUCAAGGCCGUACAUCAUUUAAGCGGGCCCCACAUCACCCGCCGGUUUUCACGCAUGGCCCUUUCGUAUCCCGAAACCUGGCCCACACUCGCCUAAUAUCGGCCCACUUUGAAUAUCCCUGGUCAUGCUCCUGGCCCACGAUCGUCAUCACGUGCCUCAGGAGGCUCGGCCCCUUCUAUUUUUGAGGUUGCACGUGUCGAAGGAGUCGUGGACACGGCACGGUCCCUUCGGCGACAUCAAUAGAGGCUACAACUUGUCGCUCUAGAAGUGAUGAACCGGUUCCCCUGUUCUGACGGAAACAGAGAAGAAGAUGUCUGAAAACAGUUGACUUUGUUAAAAUCUUCAACCCGGUUGCCGUGUUUUAUCUGUUAUCUGCGAGUCGGACUGUGACCGCGGUGACGACGGCCGCCGCCAAUUUCACACUCGCCAUCUUAUCGGUCCAAUGGUGGCUUUCUAUUUGGCUCUGGUAUGUACUGUUGUCGGUUCGGGUUUGACUUUCUGUUCUCCUGAUUUCAGGCGGUGGACAUCGGGAAGGAGCUCUGCCGGAAGCACUUCAUCCACCAUAUUUCCCGGUGAGUCCUCAUAAGCUCACUGGUACCUCCCCCUCUCUGUUCGAGGACGUUGACUUAACGAUGCUCCUUCGUUAUGAACAGUGAGAAGGAAUUUGAGGACGGGCACCACCUCUACCGGCUCCUGGAGCACGACCCCGUCAUACUUCGGUGCUUCAAUUUCAGGGCGUCAACGAGGGAUAGCGAGCCGAAGUCAGCGGUAGCCGUUGGGCGGCACCUCACCAAGCUCAUGUGGGCGAUACUGGAGGCCUACGCCUCCGACGACCGACGCUAUCUGGACUACGGCCGGAUCAGCGCUAGCGAAGAGUUCAGGAGGUAUUUCCCAUCUUCAUCUGUAUAAACUCUGAGUUGACUGGGGAUUUUUUUUUUCUCUGUGUUGACUGGGGGAAUGAUCUCAAAACAGAUACGUGAACCUGGUGGAAGAUCUCCAGCGCGUUGACCUCUCCGUGUUAUCCGUGGACGAGUCAAUGGCCUUCUUCCUGAACCUGUACAAUGCCAUGGUCAUCCACGCCGUCAUAAAGCUUGGGAGGCCAGAGGGGGUGAUCGACAGGAGGGCCUUCUUCGGGGACUUCUACUACAUGGUCGGCGGCUUUCCCUACUCCCUUACCGUCAUCAAGAACGGCAUCCUCAGGUCAAACAGGAGGCAACCUUACUCCCUAGUGAAGCCCUUCAAUGCCGAAGACAAGCGCCUUCAGGUGCCCCACUACUCCCUCCCUUCUCUCCUAUCGUUGACCGAGAGAGAAAAUGUCUUUUGAGAAGAUGACGAUCCGACUCUCCUCAUCAAACAAAUGUGUUUCCAGCUGAUGCUCCCGAAGGUCAACCCGCUGAUCCAUUUCGGGCUGUGCAACGGGACCCGCUCCAGCCCGACGGUCAGAUUCUUCUCCGGGCAAGGAACCGAGAUGGAGCUGAGGAACGCGGCCAGGGAGUUCUUCCAUCGCGGCGGCCUGGAGGUGGACUUGGACAAGAGGACUGUCCGCCUCACCAGGAUCGUCAAGUGGUAAGCUUUGACUUUUUUACCCGAAUCAAUCUCCUCCCUCCCUUCCUCCCUCCCUCCCCCGCCCCACCAACCCCAAGGAACCCGUCAGGACUCUUCCCUCUCAUGGCGGUCAACAGGUACAGCGCUGACUUUGGGGACGAGAAGGAGAUACUGAAGUGGGUCAUCUCCUACUUGGACUCUACCAAGGCCGGCCUUCUGACUCACCUCCAGAGGGACGGAGGCCCCGUUCAUAUACUCUACCAGGACUUUGAUUGGUCCUCGAAUUCCUGA